AUGGGGGAUCUCAAUAUCAAUCAGUGGCACAGCCGCUGGCUGAGUAGCGGCGGUGGCGCCGACGCCGGGAUGCUCGAUCUAACGCCGAACGACAAAACCUAUCCCGCCUGCGCGCCAAUUACGACACCCGACCGCAUUCUGUGGCGCCCCGGGUCCACCUGCAUCUUCCCAAGGCUAGCAGAGCACGCAUUCGGGGCAGGCGACGACUGGGACGCAGAACAAGGUCCGGGACAACCAGAAGCAGGGCCCAUUCAGCCAACGUGGGUAGACCAUGGCGCCCCGAAGAGCUGCGACCACCUGCCGCUUGUCACACGGUUGGAAACGUACCAGGACCCAGCGAAAGCGCGCUCCAUCGCCCGAUACGUGCUUCCAGAUGCCACCAGCAAUGACCCAGAUGUCGUUGCUGAAGUUGCGCAACUCGACGCACGGCUAGCAGCUGCGAUGGCGGAACAAGCUGCGGAUGAGGACAUUCCGACGAUCAACGACUACACGGAGGCACUAAUAGAACGGGUAGCGGAAGCAGUCUCGCCGUGGCGAAUAACCGUGGAAGGCACCGGCCGCCCACCCACCAGGAAGCAGUUUCUCGCCAAUCACGCAUGGCAUGAAGAUGCUGUUGCACUCGAAGAGGCCUACAAGCAGGACGACCAUGCCGAAAUUCUUAGACUCGAGCGCAUCAUCCGGGCGGCAGGAUGGCGCCGCUUUCUGAGGGGUUGCAAAGUCUCCGGCUCAAUGCGGCCGCUCUGGCGCUUUCUGGCCAAAAGCGACGGCAGGCUUCCCUGGCUCAAGCGGACCGUCCGCUCCGCCAUCAAGGACAGCCACGGGCGUUGGUGCAACACAGACCGCGCCAAGGCAGCGGCCCUGGGGGCACACCUCAGGGACAAGUACAUGUUCCAAGCGGACCACCCGUCCCAACUCUCGCCGGCAACCCAGAGCGCGCUGGACAUGGCGGCGCCGGUGGCCGAGGUAACCGCGACGGAGGUAGAGGCCGCAUACAAGCUGCUGGGAAAGGGCAAGGCGCCCGGGCUAGACGACUUGCCGCUAGAAGUCUGGCGAGGCCCGACCUGGCACACAUUGGCCGCACUCUACACCCGCGUCCUCCGCAGUGAAGGUCUUCCGGACGCUUUCAGCAACAGCAAGGUAAUCUGGUUAGACAAAGCCGGACGACCGCCAGAACAGAUGGGCUCCUACAGACCCAUUUCCCUCAUCUCCACAGUGGCGAAACUGCUGGAGAGGGUUGUGCUGGGCCGUCUUCCGGAAACGGAAGACGCGUCCCAGCACGCCUACCAGCGAGGGAAGUGCACGGAGAUACUUCUCCAAGAGUUGGCGACCCACGUGGAUGGGCUAGCGAAAAAGGGCAGGACGAUCCUCAUCGUGCAAACAGACAUAGCCGGGGCCUUCGACUCGGUCCCACAUACGAAGCUGGUCGAUCAACUACUCCGGCAGGGAAUCGACGCCGGUCUGGUGCGCUACAUAUGGCGCUGGCUGCGCCACCGUGCCUUCUGCUCCCAGGUGGGGCAGGAGCGGUCGCAGUGGUUCCGGCCUUGCACUGGAAUCCCCCAAGGAGGGGCUUUAUCCCCUUGGGCGUGGAACUCACUUCUCGCGGGUACGGCGUCAGAAGUCUCGGCAAAAGUCGGGGCGGGACUUUGGUUGCGUUUCUUUGCUGAUGACGGCACGGCCAUCAUCGACGGGAACUCACCAGAAGAGUGUGCGGCUAUCGCCGCGCAGUUCGAGGAGGCGCUCUCGGCGUCGCUUGUCGCACGUGGACUGCGGCUUGCCCCCUCGAAGAUGGAGGCCAUGUGGCUCGACGUUCCGAAGACCGGUGUGUACCGGCGACAACACGACACCUACGGAAGGGUGCGCAAAGACCCAACGCCGGUGGAGCAGCCACCGGCACAGCUUGCUGCGAUCCCAUACCCGACCAAGAACUCCCUCCGGGUGUUGGGGCUCCUGGUCGACCAUCGCUUCACGAUGUGUGCUCAUCUGGCCCACAUCGAGAAGAAGUGCACGCUGAGGCUCUCCAUCCUGCGGUCCUUGGCAAACCGCCACUGGGGACUUGAUGUAGCCACGUUGUCGCAAACAAGUCUCUUUUUGGUCUCGCACAUCCUGGGGUAUGGGGUGACGAUUUACGGGAGCUGCGCCUCGCAGGCAGCUCUCCAAAAACUCAACACGAAGAUCAUCAACCCAGCAGCCAGAAUAGUGCUGGGGACGUCGCGCACCCAGCGCCUGGAGUCGCUGUACAUGGGGAGCAACCUCCAGAGCGUGUUUAACAUAUACACGUCGCGUCUUGCUUCCUUUGUUGACAGACUGCUCCGGGCCUCGUCCACGCCGCUGCGGGAGCGGAUUGCAGAGACGAUCCCGGGGUUGCGGUAUGUCUAUGAGCCGGCGUUGCCCCCGCGCGAAAUGCGCGCGCAAGACCCGACGGAACUUGCGGCGCUCCGGCCUGACUGCCCGUACACAACGGCGGUCACCUCCUGGACACAUUGGGUGGCCCUGCCUCCCGCGCAAGCUUCAACUGCACAAAGCCCCAGUGCUGAGCAGCAGCCGGCCCGCCGGGUGUAUCAUACCUACGCCCCUGAGCUGGAAUCGGAUCAGGAAGCCGACCGACAAUUUGCGCCACCGGCUGCGCAGUGUCCCCCCUGGGCUAUGGAAGCGGUCAAGACCCUAGAGAGUGCAGGCUGGAACCGGCACCAGGUGCAGCGCCUCCAAACCUACCGCCCCCAGGUGGGGCGGCUAGAGAACUUGCGGGUGCACUCGCAUGAGCUCGCCGGGACCAGAGAUGAACUAGCGGCGCGCUACAAGUUCACCGGGGCGUGCGACGGGGCACACCUUGCAGCAACAGGGCGCGGGGCCUCGGCUGCCUACCUUCACAGCAGCCGCGAAGCGAGGGUGCUUGCCGGAGCUUGGGGUGGGAACAAAAGCUCCUACCGCCCGGAGUUCACGGCCCUCAUGGAUCUGCUCGGCCUCGCCAUCCAGGCCGCCGCCGAAGAAGAUACUGCCGCUCAAGAGUUACUGCUUUUGUCCGACGCACAGUCAGUCCUCGCCCGCAUUAAAACGCUUGCGCAGUGCGGCGGGCUGGCUACAGAUGCAGAGUGCGAGAUGAUGGCCCGCCUGGAGCGGGUCAGUCGGCUCUACAAAUGCAUCAGGAUCCAGCAUGUGUACGGCCACACUGGGGUCACCCACAACGAAGUCGCGGACACCUUGGCCGACCACGCCGCCGCCCUCGGUCCCGCGCCAGCUGAGUGGCCACAGGCACCGACCCUGGACGACAUGAAAGGACUAGUCAAGGCGGAACUAGACAGGCAAGAAGCGGACACCAUGCAGUCGCUGAAGCGGGCGGCCCCGUCCGUCAGUGGCAGCCUCUGCAGUGUCUUCCUCCCGGACCGCCCGGCCUGCAAGAAACUGUACAAAGAACUCAGCGCGCAGGGCGAAAGUCGUGAGGUUCAAGUAACUGCGGCAAGCCUACUAGGCGCCACCCGCUUCAAGCAACUCACCCCGGCCGGGCUUCUCGGCCGUAUGUGUCCCAAGUGCGACGCCGUUGCGGACACGCCGGCCCACUUCCUAGAGUGUUACGUAGUCGGGGACCUUGGCGGGCUAUCGGACCCGCAGCGCCUGGCGCGCCUGUUCUCCUACGUCACAUACGAAACGCGCGCACACCAAGACGAGCGGCGCCGUGCCGCCGGCGGCGGCGACGCAGCCGGGCCACCGCCGCCCCAGCACAGGGGCAAUUUUUGAGCACGAAGGGCAUUUUGCCACCUUGAACGUACAGCCGUCACUACUUCUGGCCUGGUGCCAGUCGCACGUGGAGCCGCUCAGGCAGCGUCUCCCUACACACCGUAGUAUAAUCAUUCUGUGCUGCGCACCAGGAGUGCGCCCUCUGAUUGAUGAAACUAUAAGGAACCAGCGCAAGAGCCGGCCCGCCAUGGUCACACCCUCCAGCGCGAUGUUCUCCUCCAGCCUCGCGUCUAGAUGUCGUGUUGCGUAGGUGGGUUUCGUUUCACUGUGCUUCCACAACCUCGUUGUUCAGUGGGUCGCUGCAAGAACAGCAGGAUCAAAGAGCGAGCGCCACGUCUGUUUGAAACAAGAGUGGAUCAAAUAAAUAAAAAAUAAAAAUGCAACUUUAUGUUAUAUUGACAACAGCACAUAACGUUAACGACAUCGAGGUUUCGAUCAAAUAACAAUCUUCUGUAUGAUGCAAAAGGAGAACAAAAUCAUAGAUUUUGGUCAACAACGAGUACACCAUAAGAUAUCGGCUUGAACGAGGAGGGAAAAAGAAUAGCUUGUUUUGAACAAUCCGGUCGAAUUUCGGAAAACCAAAAUGUACAAGUAUUUUAUGUCGAUGAAUUGGCAUCUUUUUCUUAGAUAAAUCUAUCUACAUGAAGUUGUUUAUAAGUAGUGACGAACUUGUUUCAAGUACUAACUCUUUCUAACCUUAUGAGUUUGAUCACUCACGUUUAGGCCUCUACAUAGAUCAAAUGCAAAUCGCUUACGGCCUGGUCUUGGUUGCCUACGAUAGUACUCUCUCUGCUGACUUCUGCAAAAAUCUAGGCAAAGGUUGAGAAUGUCGCUUGUUUUUAGAAAAGCAUAAAAACAUCAACCACAACCGCGACAGCCCGGGCAUCGGGCCUCGUCUGACCCGACGGGUGAGGUCGGCGUUGUUUGCUUCAACCAUGAAGCCUAUUCGUCCACGCAGGUAUGAUUUGUCGCUGUGUCUGCGUUUCCUCGGUUUCUUUUAUUUGCACUGUUUUUCGGAUCAUUUUUUUUGGAGGCGGCGAGAGACGUAGAGCGUUUUCGUUGCAAAAGCCGCAACAUGACGAGG